CUUCCGAAAACGAUGUCGGAGAUUCUCGACGGUUCCAAAAGUUCGGCGAGCAAGUCGUCGAGAAGCCUCGGCGAGUUACCGGAAAUUGCCGCGGUACGAGUGGGAAUCGAUCUCGUAUCGGCGGCGAGGCGAAACAUCGGGUUUCUGAGGAGCGUGGCCUAUUCUGAGUGGCUUCACCACACCCCCAUUGUGGUGGAAGCCAUACGAAGGUACCAUGAUUUGUGGAUGCCGUUGAUUUCCGAUCUGACGGUGCCGGAAUCUAUCCCUCUCAUGAUUCUUCCUCCCUUUGAUGUCGAGUGGGUUUGGUUUUGUCACACUUUGAACCCUGUAAGUUACAGGGAAUACUGCGAGACAAGAUUCUCGAAACUCAUUGGGAGAGCGGCUAUAUUUGAUGAAGAGAAUAGAGAGUAUGCAUUGAUGCGAUGCAGAGAAAUUUGGAGCAGUAAAUAUCCAUUGGAAUCGUUUGAGAAUGAGGCGAGUUUAGAUUCACGUGAUUCGGAUCCCAUGAUUGUUGGGGGGAGCGAGGAUGUUUUUAAGGAAGUUGAAAAGCAAAGGUUGUUGUGCUCCAAGUUUGCAGAGCCGUAUAGGUCUGAGGUAGUGUACUUAAUAUCCGCAAGACAGAGGUACAAGGCUUUCUUGUAUAUGUUGCAAAGGUUCGCUCAUGAAUCUUCUUCCCGUUUGGUACCUACUUCGGACAUUUUGUUAAUGUGGCUGACCCACCAGAGCUACCCAACAGUGUAUGUGGAAGAUUUGAAAGCAUUGGCCUUAGACGGUGAUGUGCAGAAGGUGGCAACUCUGUCUGAAACCGUGAAGGAAAAGGAGUUUGAAGAAACCAAGAAGUUGUGGGACAGGGCAUUUAAUCAACCUUAUGAGAAAGCUGGUGGAGAGGUUCCUUUGACAUGGGAAGGUGUUAUCUCAGUCAAGUCCCCAAUCUACUGGGAGGAAUCGGACACAGAUGUUAAUACAAAAUACAGGUCUAUGAUUCCAAGAUUUUUACUCGAGGUCUGCGUGUUUGUGAGGCUUAAGCCAGGGACAAAGGCAUUGCAAAAGGAUAUAAACCGUGAUUUCCUACGCCUCCGAAUCAAAAGGUGUCAUAGCGAGCUAAAGCUAGACAAAUCCUUAUCCAAUUUCCCCUUUGAUUCAUGGAAAAAAGCUUGGCAUCUUUACUGUGAGUUUGGGACUAAGGGAGUUAUGCUUGAGUAUCGUCGGCAUGGUGGUAACUGUCUAAAAGGAAGUAAGCUGCAAGACACUGUUUCUUUCCGCUGGAAUGAUUUAUUGAGAGCAGAUUCUCUAACUUUAGAAAAGGAAGUUAGUCAACAGGUGAAUGUUGUUACAUCAAUAACCCCACCAGUUCAAGCUCCAUACUUGUUGAAAUGUGUGCCAGAUCGAGUCACGGAUGAUUCUGGGGCGAUGAUAUCUGAUGUGAUUCUGAAGAUGAAUAGUUAUCAUCCACAAGAAGGGCGAUGGUUGUCUCGCACAGUUCUUGAUCAUGCAGGGAAAGUGUGUUUUGUUAUUAGAAUUAGGAUAGGAGGAGGAUUUUGGAGAAGAGGAGGUGAAACUCCUUCGGCUGUAAAAUGGGAGGAUAGGAUUAUAGAGAUACGUGAAGGAUCUUGGUAUUAUGUUGCUGGUUCCAUUGGUAGAGCCCCUGAGAAGGUGGUGGCCACUGCAACACCAAAGGAACCUGCGGAACAAUGGGAAGCUGCAUGGUGCUUUUCAACAGGAGAUGAAUUGAUUAUACAGUGGGAGUCAUCACUAUCAGUAUCAGGUCUUACCUUUAGUUUGAGAAAUCAAUCAUCCCAAGAGUCAUCGGUGAAGUUAUUGAAAGGGAGGCAAAUGCAAUAUCAAGCAAAGAAAAUAAAGUCAAAGAGCAAAAGUGAAGAAAUAAAAAUCGAGUUAGAGGAUAAAGAGAUUGAGGAAGAGGAAGAUGAAGAGGGUUUUCUAACACUAGUCCGUUUCACAGAAGAUGACCCUGUUGGAAAAGCAACUGCUCUUCUAAACUGGAGGCUAUUAGUUGUUGAAGUAUUGCCGGAAGAAGAUGCAGUACUGAUGCUUCUCCUCUGCAUUACAAUACUCAAAAGUGUAUCAGAAAUGAGAAAACAAGACUUGGGAGGCUUGUUGGUAAGGAGAAGAUUAAAGGAAGCAAGGCUUGGAACUAGGGACUGGGGUUCUGUGAUACUUCAUCCAUCUUCAUGGUCAUCAUCCAUUGAUACAACUUAUCUUCAACCUUGGUAUUGUAAUGCUGGGACUGUUAUGUCAUAUGAUGAGAUAGAUCAGCUCAAAAGACAGCCACCAUUAAGUCAAUCACCGGUGGAAGGCAGUGACAAGUUAUACAAGCAUGGGAUUAUAAGUUAAAGCCUGUGAAAUUUCAGCUUGGUAACGUUUGU